AUGUCCCUCCCAGAGCUGCAAUGGGCCCAAGUGGCCGAACAAAAAGGCGGACCACUUAUCUACAAACAAAUUCCCGUACCAAAACCAGGGCCCGAUGAAGUUCUAGUCAAAAUCAAAUAUUCGGGCGUAUGCCACACAGAUCUGCACGCGCUCAAGGGCGACUGGCCACUAGCCUCCAAGAUGCCCUUCGUAGGCGGCCAUGAAGGUGCCGGCGUCGUCGUGGCGAAGGGCGAAUUAGUGCAGGGCUGGGAUAUCGGCGAUCACGCAGGCAUAAAAUGGUUGAAUGGGUCUUGUCUUACAUGCGAGUUCUGCAAGAAUGCCGAUGAGGCUGUUUGUCCCGAUGCGUUGUUGUCCGGGUAUACGGUCGAUGGCUCGUUUCAGCAGUAUGCGAUUGGAAAAGCGGCUCAUACGACUAAGAUUCCGAAAAAUGUACCGCUGGAUGCGGUUGCGCCGGUGCUUUGCGCUGGUGUUACCGUUUACAAGGGACUGAAGGAGUCUGGCGCAAGGCCGGGGCAGACGGUGGCCAUUGUAGGUGCGGGUGGUGGUUUGGGAUCUUUGGCGCAGCAGUAUGCGAAGGCGAUGGGACUUCGUGUGAUUGCUAUUGAUGGUGGGGAUGAAAAGAGGGCAUUCUGUGAGAGCAUGGGAGCAGAGGCAUACAUUGACUUUACAACAUCAAAAGACGUCGUCGAAGAUGUCAAAGCAGCGACACCCGGAGGACUUGGUGCUCACGCCGUUCUUGUUCUUGCGGUGGCAGAAAAACCAUUCCAACAAGCCACGGAAUACGUCAGACCCCGAGGAUCAGUCGUCGCUAUCGGUUUACCAGCAGGCGCAUAUCUGAAAGCUCCUGUUUUCAGUACGGUGGUACGCAUGAUCAAUAUCAAGGGCAGUUAUGUCGGUGGUCGGCUGGACAGUGAGGAGUGUAUAGAUUUCUUUGCGAGAGGUCUAAUCAAAGCUCCGUUCAAGACUGCUCCGCUGAAGGAUCUUCCUCGUAUUUUUGAUCUAAUGGAACAAGGCAAGAUUGUGGGACGAUACGUGCUUGAGAUACCCGAGUAA